AUGUGGAGCUGCAAGAUGUUAAGAGGUACUGCCUCUUCUGGUGAGUUUUCAGUGCUAUCUGUGAGGAAAUGGUUGCUGUUAAGGUCUGGACCUAGGUUACCUGUUCCUAAGAUGAUUUGGAUUAAUGCAGCACCACCCAAAGCACAAUUUAUAAGUUGGUUGGCUCGGAGAGCUGCUAUGGAAUCUGUGGAUCAUCUCUUUGUGCAGUGUUUUCAGAUUUGGAAGGUUUGGGGAUGUAUGUUACAGUGGUGGAAUCUCUGUUGGGUUUCUCCUACUAUUGUGGAUGAAGUGCUAACUUGGUGGUUGGGAACUAAGCACAAAAAAUCUGUUAAGAAAAUUUGGUUGCUUGUACCAGUAGUAAUGUUGUGGUCCACUUGGAGGCUAAGAAAUGAGGUUGUGUUUAAUGGCAAGCAGCCAGAUAUGAAUGAGCUGUGUGAGGUGUUGAAAGUGAGAGUUGGGUUGUGGGUUAAGUCGUCCAAGCCUUCUGUCCAGUACUCUGUGCAUCAAAUUGUGGAAAAUCUGAGUCAAGUGAGGUUCUGUAUUUGA